UUUUGAAGCAUAAUCAGUCAAAGACUGGUUUCUGAAUACAACUAAUGGUCUUUAAGACCAAAUUCAUUUUCAGCUUUCUGAAAUACUAUAAGAAACUCACUUUUAUUAUACUUGAACUUGUGCUUGGGUUGAUUUUUAAUUAUAUAAUCUAAGCAUUGAGAAACUAUUGUAUUGCGAUUUUUCAAACUUAUUAAGAGUAUUAUUAAUCUUAAAUAUUAGAUCCUGCCACUUAUUAAUAGUUAUGCCUAAAUAUUAUUGAAUUAAGGAAUUUGGAACCAAAAACCAAUAAUUUAGUGAUUCUUAAAUUUGUAAUAAAGGCCCCUUCAGGUUAAGACUGUUGAAAAGCAAAUAUUUCAGAAAUAUUUGCUUGAUAUGGUUUUAUUGAAUUUCUUGUAAUCUUUUGAAAUUGUUGUACCUUUGUUUUUGAAAUUAG